GAUUCUAGUGGCAAACAAUGUAAGCUGAACAAAAUAUCAGUGAAAUUUUUCGGCGAAGUAAAAGCGCAGCAAUCUCUCUCUCUAAAUCAAUAUCGGAGAGAGAUGCAGACGCUUCCCCUUAGUUCUUACUCUAACCCAAACCCUAACCCUAACCCUAAUUUCCCAUCUUUCUGCAAUUUCAGGAAGGUGUCAUUCCCCCCAAAGCUUGGUUGUUCUCCUUUUCAUCCUCCCAAAACGGCAAUAUGCAGAGCCAGUCACGCUGUUGAUUUGUUCCCAUCCAUAUGCCCGGAUGUAGUCGUUCGAGAAGCUCGGGUUGACGACUGUUGGGAAGUGGCUGAGACCCAUUGCAAUGCCUUCUUCCCUAGCUAUUCUUUUCCGUUAGAUUUGAUGUUGAGGAUUGAUCGAUUAAUAGCAUUGUUAUCAGGGUUCUCAGCGCCAGUUGGUUGUAUAAGGAAGUGUUUGGUUGCUGAUAUCGAGAAUCCAAUGGAAGGGAACCAAUUGUUAGCAGCUUCAGAUUAUAAUAUUUCCGGCUUCGAAGGGAAAUUUGGGUUCAACAGAGGCUCUGUUACUGGAAUUUUAACAGUUGAUACAGUGGGUGAUUUCCUACCAAGAAAAGGACCCCAGAGAAGGACUGGGAUUGCAUACAUAUCAAACGUUGCAGUGCAGCACACCCAUCGUCGAAAGGGUAUCGCCAAGAGGCUAGUUAUUGAGGCCGAGGCCCAAGCCAGGAGCUGGGGAUGUCGUGCCAUCACUCUCCACUGUGAGACUAACAACCCUGCCGCCUUGGCCCUAUACAAGGGCCAGGGCUUCAAGUGCAUAAGGGUUCCAAAUGGGGCUAAGUGGCCUGAACCCAAAUCCACACCAGGCUCCCAGUUCCACUUCAUGAUGAAGCUUUUAAAGAAAACUGAGACCCAAAAAUGCUUUUCUUGCCGAGUUUGAAAUUCACAGGCUUACCUAUCAACCAUUUUUACAAACCAACCCUAUCACCAUGAGUAAUACUCUUUUGAGUUAGCCCACCUGGUUGUUAGAGAAGAUUCAUGAGAAGUGUGGGGAUGAAAGAUAGGUUGGUGAGAUGGUUUGCUAUGAACCAUUGCAUUGUGUCAAUAUCAGAGAUAUGUACAAGGUGAAGUGUUACUUGUAACUGUAUAGAUCUUAAUUGCUUCAGCAUCUCAAAAGAUAGUUGUUUGUGUUGACCAUGACUAAGCUUGUUGUAAACAAAUAUGUGGAUGAGAAUUGA